CAGAGGGUAACAAUGACAAGGUGCUCUUGGAUAAUAUUGUUCCUUCUCUCUGCCCUUUUCCGUCAGACAGAGCAGACAGUGUUUAUAUCAGCUGACGAGGCAAACAAUGUUAUCAAGAGACAGAGGCGUGCCAGUUCCCACCUUCUGGAGGAGAUCCUCCAAGGCAGUUUGGAAAGGGAAUGCCUUGAAGAGAGAUGUACACAUGAAGAAGCAAGAGAAGUAUUUGAAAAUGAUGAAAUGCUUAAAAUGUUUUGGGAUAUCUACUACGAGGGCAGGAGGUGCUCCUCGAGCCCCUGCCAGAACAAUGGCGUGUGUGAGGACAGCAUUCGUGGCUACACCUGCACUUGUGCUGAGGGCUACGAGGGAGAGAACUGUGCUUUCGCUAAAAAUGAAUGUCACCAUGAAGCAAAAGAAGGAUGUCACCACUUCUGCUACCCAGGAAUUAAUUCCUACCGCUGUUCCUGUGCCGAUGGCUAUGAGCUUGGGCAGGACACAAAACAGUGCAUCGCAUUAGAUGAAUGUGCAUGUGGCAGACUUCAAGACAGUGAUAAUCUGAUAAGUGAAACCAGGAAGAAACAUGACGAGCGAUUUCCCUGGCAGGUGCUACUGCUAAACUCAGAAGGGAAAGGCUUCUGUGGAGGAGUGCUGCUAAAAAGUAACUUCAUAUUGACCACAGCAGAGUGUGCUCUUCUGCACAACCAUUUUGAAAUCAGGGUUGGUGCUGGGCCUAAUGGAACAAGUGGAACUGAGAAGAUAAUGCAAGUUAGCGAGAAGCACAUACACAUCCGGUACGAUGAAGACACCGGUGAGAACAACAUUGCAUUGCUACAGCUUCAAGAGCAUGUUGAGUGCAACAACUACCAGCUUCCUGUAUGCGCCCCUGAAAGAGACUUUGCAGAACACGUUUUAAUUCCCAAAUUGGCUGGUACAGUUAGUGGCUGGAGCAUAGAAGGUGAUGAACUUAAAGUUGAUGAGCUGCAGGUUUUGUACCUUCCUGCUGAGGACUGCAAACAAAUACUCAACAUCAGCCUCACAAACAGGCAGUUUUGUGGGCACCUCCAGAAGGCCGUAGACAAACGACUGGCUGGAGGAAGCUUUUUAGCUACUGAGUAUAAGGGCACUUGGUUUCUGACUGGUAUCCUGGGAUCUUGGCCACUAGAAGACACUGACUGGGAAACACUUCUAUUCACCAACACCGCAAGGUAUAUGAUAUGGGUUAAACAAAAAAUGAAAUAAGACACAAACACGACCAACUCUCAAGCACCAAACGCCUACCAAUCAUUGCAAGGAAACAUAUGGAUGCAGCCAGUACACCCAUUUGACUGUAUCACAAUUCACAGCAAUGGAAGUUGCAAUGAUGGCAUGUAUUUAACUCCAAGUUAUACAGAAAAGCCUGUUUGUCUUUCCUUCUUCUGCUGACAUACAGUACUGUGGAAGUCACGAUGCAGUAAACCUAGUUAUUUUAUGAAAAACUGAUUUAACUUUAAAUUUCUUAGAACUGUUCAUCCUACAACUCCAAACACUUUGAUGUUUUUCUGGGAUUUUAAAUAGUGCUAGAAGGCAAUGAGUCUUUUCAAUUCUUGGUACCCUGAGGUUUACUUCAGCGAAUUCAUGCUCUUAUUUCAAGAUUCAUACAAGUAAAACUUACAAAGA